AUGCAUCUUGACCCCACCACUGAAGGACCUUCACAAGCGUCCACACAUCCCAUGGCCACCAUAGAUGACAAAGAUAAGAAGGAUCCACAUGGCUACUUUGAGUCUGGCCAUUCAGACGAGAGUUCUCGAUUGCUAGGCGAAGGUUCGUCCUCUGGUGCUCAGCCUUUAGAAACAGUGCCUGCAUACGAAGAAAUGCACAGAGACCUACCUCCAGAGUUUCAACUAUACCAUGCUGAUUAUGAAACCACCUCAAGCGGCGAUAUUUACUCUCAUGACAAGCAUUUGAAUGAAGAUGGGGAAGCACUCUACCAGUUCAUACUCUCGCGAGCCAAAGUUCCUCCCAACUUUAUUCUCAAGUGUCGUGGCACUCAUCCCGAGACGCGCGUACGUCAUGUAACCCGAACCGAGACCACCGAUAACAGGACCGUUACCCGAACCGAGCCUGAGAUGCACACCGAGACCAUUGUCGACUUCGACUUUGCUAUCGAUAUCUCUGAACACCUCCGACAGCUCCCUCCUGUGCUCUGGACUGUUCCCGACGACGAGCCGACUUACCGCGGUCGAAUGAAACGCGAAGUGCUGACAGAUACUAUGGGCGGUGUUCGUCGCGUCUCGAGGAGAAUUCUCAAGGCUGGAAAGGCCUGGAAAGAGACAAGAGAAAAAUGGGGACUGCCGCCUUGGUUGAGCAUGACAGACCAAUUUGACGGUCCACGACGAUCCACGCCAGCCGAUGAGGCUAUGCCAAGUCGCUCCGAACUUACCCUUCGUCAGUGGGCCGAUCGAUACUGUGAAAGCAACAAGAGUAUGAAGUCGUUCAAGUUUCGCAAGGUUGUGUAUGGGUGGAACACUGAGAAGCUUACACAAGCUAUACGGUCAAGUAUACAAAUGGUUACGUACCACAGAACUCCUACUAUCACAGUCCAGUUUGUCACAUCCGCAUCUGAGAUCGAUAUUCGACCCUCAUCCACAAUCUCCCGCGCCUUGUCAAAAACAUGGGUAGUCGUCCUCCUUUGGCUCACGCUGAUAUACCCCUUCAUCUGGAUAUACGACCGACUUCGAGGAGGUCGUUGGGAGGUCGCUGGGUCUGCGUUCCCACUUCGCACGUGGAAACACUGCGGAGAUUCCAUUCCUGGAGAGUCCGCAGAAGCCUAUCGAAGAAGAACGUUCAAGGAAGUUACGGGUGAUGUCAUGAGCUUGACAAGCGAAAGGAGUGAUGGGACUGACGAUCGUAUACUGGCCGAAACCUCAAACGGAGUUAGUCAACUGAUCGGACCCUCGGAAAGAGACUGGUUCCUUACAUGGGAGUCAACGAUCAAACAAUGCGUUACUGCUGGAAUUCAAGAAGCGGCGCCGAUUAUAACGCCUUAUGGCAUGCAUACAUCCGCCCUGCUUGAUGACUUCCGACCUCCAGUAGUUGACCGAUUUUCCAGUUUGGGACUGCAGCGGGACCAUGAAUACAGUGGAUUUGCUGACCUUGGGAUUUAA